UAUAUAAAUAUAAUAAUAUAUUCUCUCUUAAUUUGUAUUCAAUAAAUUCAAUGAUUUAUUAAAUAAACCAAUUCUUUAAUUUCUUCUUUUUUACAAAUGAUAUUCUGUUUUUAAUUGCUCUUCUUAAUUGCUGUUACGUGCUAACGUUAGGAACUUAAAAAAACCUAAAGAAAACAAUGUCGGAAAAUGAGUCGGGACCAGAAAUCGGUGGUUUUUUCCGUUCGAAUUUGCUGGCCGUGCGAAAAGCGAUCCAUCCACGAGACUUCAAGAAAUUCGCCACCUUCGAAUCGAACGGUGAGAGAGCAGCUUUCAUUCUGAGUUACUCCGAGGCUCAUCGGCUACCUUUGGGGAUAGAGAAAUCAAUGGUCAAAGAUAGCAAUGGUGCUAUUCAGCUAAAAGAUGCCGGUAACAAAUUAUUUGGUCGCGGCGAAUUCGCGAAAGCCUUGGCAACAUAUUCGAAUGCAGUUCUUCUAGCACCAUCAACAGAAUUAAGCAUCAUCCUCGCAAAUCGCUCGGCCGCUCUGUAUCACUUGGAGCAUCACGAGCACGCAUUGGGAGACAUCGAGGAAGCCUUGCGGCUCGGUUAUCCGCAUAAUCUCCUGUACAAACUUGAAGAACGACGAGCCAGAUGUUUGUUGAGCCUAAAGAGGCACGACGAUGCGGUUGAGGCGUUUAGGCGUGCUCUUCGGGCCCUGGACGAUGCCAAGAUACCGUCGGAACGCAAACGGAAGUUCGAGGCGGACAUCAGGGUGAUGCUCGCGGUGAUGGACAAGGGCAAGCGGCUCUUAAACGAAGCCGCCUCGAAGAAUCAACCGCAGGUUAACGUCAAGCAAAAGUCCAAUCCGCGUUCUGAAGAGAACCACGGCAGGUGGUUCUUCCCCGAGAGGAAGAGGAACCCUCUGUAUCCCGCUUGCAGCAGGUCGAUCGAGAUCAGGAACGAGGGAGGAGACGUGGGUAGGCACGCCGUGGCGACCAGGGAGAUAGCACCCGGUGAGAUCGUGAUCGCGGAAAGACCUCAUUGCGCGUCUCUCUUGGCGGAGAACAGGCUCACACAUUGUCACCUGUGCUUCGUGAGGAUACUCGUGCCGAUUUCGGCGGCCUGUCGCACCUGCAGCUGCGUCGCGUAUUGCAGUCGUCAUUGCAGAGAUGUAGACGCUCAAGUGCAUCUGCGGGAGUGCAAGCUGCUGCCGAUCCUGUGGCACUCGAAAGCUUCGGUCACGUGCUUCUUGGCAUUACGAGCGAUCGUGCAGAAACCUUACGAGCAAGUUCUCGAGUUGAAGGAACGAAUCAAGGAUUCCGGAAGUGCAACGAACAUCACCGCGGGGAAUCCGUAUCGAGGGGACGAUUAUAUGACUUUCUACAAUCUAAUUACCCACGAGGACAAGAGAUUGCCCGAGGACAUUUUUCACAGGGCUUACAUGGCGGCAUGGCUGUUCAGACUCUUGAAAACCAGCGAAUACUUACCGGAAAACGUAAAAACCGCCGAUUCUGCGGACAGCAAGCUGUCCGACGAGGAAUUGUUCAUCGCGGGUUUGCUGUUACAUAAUUUGCAAUUGCUUCAAUUCAACACGCACGAGAUUUCAGAACUGGUGAAACCAAAAGGGGAAACGACACUCGCCAAGGCUAAAAGUAUAUUCAUAGGCGGUGGUGUUUAUCCUACAGUAGCAAUGUUAAAUCACUCUUGCAAUCCUGGCGUAGUACGGUAUUUUAUUGGCACUACCAUGAUCGUUCGUGCUAUUCGCACGAUUAACACAAGUGAGGAGAUCUCUGAAAAUUAUGGUCCCAUUUUCACAACCAUGCCCGAAAAUGAUCGCAAGAGAAGAUUACGGGUGCAAUAUUGGUUCGAUUGCAAUUGUGAAGCAUGCUCCGGGCAUUGGCCGCUUCUCGAGGACUUGGAUCCAACAGUACUCAGAUUUAAAUGCGAUACUGGGCCGUCUUGUGGUAAUGUUUUGCUGGUUAGAAGCGACACAAAUGAAUUCAUGGUCUGUUGCGCUAAAUGCAACAAGAGCACAAACAUUCUGAAGGGUCUGAAGACUUUGCAAGAUACAGACGCGCUCUUCAGAAUUGCCUCAACGAAUCUUGAACAAGACCGAAACGAGCAGGCGCUAAAGGCUUACCUGGAAAUCUUAAAAUUACUGGAUGAGACUCUAGCAUUGCCCAUCAGAGACUAUCAUCUCUGUCAACAGGGGGUCAGACUUUGCGCUCUCGCUCUAGGCAACAGAGCUAGUACUUGAUAUAAUUACAAAAUUAUUGAAAAGUUUCUUCUUCAUCGCAAAACUAUAAAAAUUCAAAUUCAAAUUUCCGUCCAGAGCAUAAUUUCUGACCUACUGCAGAUAUUUUCCAGAGUAUUGGAAAUAUCAAUUUUUGCUCUUAUUAUUUUUAAUAAGUAAUAUUUUAUUUACUGUUUAAAUCAAGUUUAAAUUUAAACGGAUCACUUUCAUUGAUUACGCAGAAUUUUACAUCAGAAAUGCAUAAACAUGCAUCAGUAUUUUUCUCAAGCGUUUAAUAUAAAGAAAAAAUACAAGAAAUAUGUUUAUAUUAUUUAUUGAUAUUCACUGGUAUUAUAUCUGUUAUUGAAGUGAAGAAAACGGAGAAUCAUGAUUCUCUCGUUUGCACUCGCAGAAUACAGAGGAAAGUUAUCCGCCCCGGGCUUUGCAUCUUGCAUUAACAUGACAUUUACUGAUUUACUUGUCGUGCCAUAGGCGUCAAAUAAAAGUACAAAAUGUUGAAUAUACAUUUGUCAAAAAAAACCAAUACUCCCUCCUUAUUUCUCAAUCUUCACCACUAAUAAUUCUUCUUAACCAAUAAUUAGUCAUAAAAAUAAUAUGGUAUCUCAGAAACAAUUGUCGAAUGGAUAUUUGUGGGUUCACGAGUGUAACGCAAUUAAUUUGACAUACGCACACACACAUAUGUGUGCGUUUGUAAGCUGUAUCAUAAUGUACAAUAGCAUAACUAACAUGUGCACAUAUCAUGCUUGUGAAUAAAACAAGAAUGUAACUUAAAACAACAAAUUCACAUAAUUCACAAAAGGUCUUUCGUUUCGUUUUUUCGUAGAUCUCUCAUUGUAGUCGCUCAUAGUUCCACAAACGCGAGGGUAUAUACGUGUACGUGUGUAUGGUCGAACCAUCGAUUUUUAUUAUGUACAUACAAAAUUUGUCUUUCGCUUUUUUUCUCUCAUUUUUCUUUUUCUUCUGUCCGGCAUGUUAAAUCAGUCCAUUAUUUUUCUUUCUUUCUUUUUCUUUCUCUCUCUCUCUCUCUCUCUCUCUUUCUCUUCAAUUUCAGUUUUAGCACCUAACUGGAAUUAGAUAAAGAAUAGCUUAGCAAAGUGUCUCUUAAUUUUCUUUUUUUUUUUUUAUUUCUCUUAUCGCGAGAGAGGACGUUGCAUCCUUCGCGAUAAAUUUUUAAUCAAGACGCGCGAAUGGAAUUGUCGCUGUAUAUUUAUAUGGCAGAUUUUUUCUUUUUAUUUAUCCAAUUUACGCCAAUUUUACAUAAAAGUUCUUCUCCCCUUGGAGGCAGGAUCGAGUGUUGCACGUUAUUGUAUUUACGUUUUCUCUUACAUUAAUGUUUCUUGACAGUUUCGAUUUUUUGUUUUUGAUUUUUACUCAAAAGGUUUUUUCUGUUUUUUUUUUGUUUUUUUUUUUUUAAGUAGCGGGGUUAAUAUAUCAAUACCGUCUGUCACGGGAAUCCGAACGAGAACGGCGAUCACGGCUGCGACUUCUAGUCAAAGAUCUUCUGCGAGGGCUGCGAGAUCUCGACCUAAAAGAUUAAAAGCAGUUUUGGUAUCAUUCUCAUUUCGAGAUGGAAAGUGAGAUUAUUAGAGCGCGCUACUCCGCUCUGUCACUAUUCGUCAUUAUUAAAUAAGUAUUAAAUAAUAUUAAUUACAAAUACUAUCUCUUUCUUGGCAUAUUAUAUCACCAACUUUUAAAUUGACUAAGUAAAAGAUACCGAAUUUAUCUUACAAAUAUUAAAGUGCAAUUGCUGAAGCUAAUAAUAUCUAUUAAGUGAAUGGUUACGUUCAUUGAGUGUUACUAAUAAAAAAAAAA